CUCAAAGACUGGUCCUCGGAAUCAAAGAUGACCAGCUCUGGCAGGGAGGAUGGGAGGAGAUGAGCCCAGACCCCUGGCUCCCCAACUUUAGUCUAUUGGCUGGGGGGACCUGACCCAAGAGCUGGAAGCAGAAAGCACAGGAAACCUGGAAGCCUGGAAUGCUAGCCUGGGCCUGGGUCCUGCAGAAGGUUUGGGGAUCAAGGCUCUUAGCCAGAGGGCCUGGCCCGAGGCUGCCCCAGGGAGCGAGGCAUGUGAGGUCUGCUGAGGGCAUGGCAGGUAGAACCCUGGCCCUGUGUGAGGUGAGGCUUGGUUGCCUGGUGACUGUCCCGGGCCAGCCACCUGCUGUCAAAAGGACUCUGUUUGCUGUGCUCUCCCCUCAGCUGCACUCACCCUGGUACCUCUCCUCUUGCCACCAUGUCGCGGCGACUCAACAUAGAUUCUGUGCAGCAGAACUUCUGGAAGGAGGAACUUAUGAGGGAGCAGAAGUUGCGGUGUGAAUGGCACCUCAAGUAUGGGUCGAUGGUGAAGGCCAAGCAGAAGGCUAUGGCUGCAAACCGUCUACCCCUCAAACUGCCCACCCUGUACCCCAAAGCCCCACUCUCACCCCCACCUGCCCCCAAAGCAGUCCCUUCCAGAGUCCCCUGCCCUGCCCUGGAGGCUCCCCAGCAGUCAGAAAUGUACCCAGUGCUGCCUGCCACUCGGGCCCUGCUGUAUGAAGGCGUCUCCCACGACUCCCAGGGCCGCUGGUGCUAUCUCAGCGCCCGAAAACUGGACGUGCCAGAGAAGCGCUACCUCUUCCCCAUCACCACCAACUUCACAUACGGCUGGCAGCUGGGCCCCACACUGAAGCAAGAAAUGGCCUCCACCAAGAUGUGCCGCGUUGACUCGUUCUUCCGCAAGAACGGGGCCUUCUCCUCGCUGGACCCCCGGGACCUGGUCCUCUGACCUGGGCCAGGCAGUGUGCUUGGCGCUGGA